AAAAGUAAAUAUAAAAUUAUAGACAUCUGAAACCGACACUGAAAUUCUUGUUUCUGGACUGCUAGGAGUAUGAGUACGAAAGUCGGUGGUACAGUAAUGAUCCCCCUAGCCCAUAGUGGACUGAUCCUGUUCUUGUCUGAAUCGUGUGCUAUCAUGGCUGCCAGUCGGGAAGUGAGUGAAGGAAUGAUCGGAUGCAUUCACAAAUAAUUGGAUGCAGGAGUUUCCCGGUAGACAAAAUACCAGAGUGAAGUGUUGUGUUUUAAGUAAACCAUCGCUAUUUGUUCAUAUAGUGGUAGAGCACGUAGAUUUUAUUCUUUCAUAAUGACCACCAACUACUGGUAGUGCGAUGUUGGCGUUAAAAAUACUUUCUAUAGGUUAUGUUUUGUUUUCAUUUGAGAGAUUUCUAGAAUCAGUUUUCUGAAAGCCUGUGAAUAUAUCCAAUAUGUGAAUAGCAGUGUAGUGAAUGCUUGUGGUGACGGUGCCAAAAUUUUGAAUCGCAGCAGUGCUGUUCUACUUUCAUUUUUAUUGAAGUUCAUUAAAGGAAUGAAAUGAGAUCAGUGAAGUUCACCUCCAUUGGCAAUAGAAACUCUACUGCUAGCCGUAAGCAUAACUGUUUUAGAGUAUUGCAAUACGGACUACAUUGAUAUAUAACCCGUUGAUAAGUUCCGAGACCUACUCUGUGCUUCGUAAAUCUGUAGACACAACAUGCUAGUAGCAUCAUGUAUCGAAGUCGGGUGUUUCGUGGUGAUAUGUUGUCACCUCCAGGACAACAGCAACAAGGGGAGCAGGAGUUGGCAACAAAAAUGCUUCAAAUUCAAUCUAAACGAUUUUACCUUGAUGUGAAGCAGAAUAGGAGAGGAAGAUUUAUAAAAGUAGCUGAAAUUGGUGCAGAUGGAAGACGCAGUCAGAUAUUCUUAGCACUGUCAACAGCUGCAGAAUUUAGGGAUCAUUUGUCAACGUUUAGUGAUUUUUAUGCCUCCCUAGGUCCCCCAAAUCCAGAAAACGUGCCAGAGGAUGGUAAGCUAAAAUCAGAAAUGAUGAUAAAGGACAAUAGACGAUAUUAUUUGGACCUUAAGGAGAAUUCCCGUGGAAGAUUCCUGAGGGUUUCCCAGACCAUCACUCGUGGUGGGCCUCGUUCUCAGAUUGCAAUUCCUGCCCAGGGAAUGAUUGAGUUUCGCGAUGCAUUGACAGACCUGUUGGAAGAAUUUGGGACAGAUGACGGUGGUUUUAAAGGGGAAUUACCAGAAGGGAGGCACAUGCGAGUGGAAAAUAAAAAUUUUUACUUUGAUAUUGGCCAGAAUAAUCGUGGAAUAUAUAUGCGUAUAUCUGAGGUAAAAACCAAUUUUAGAACAGCCAUCACAGUUCCAGAGAAGUCAUGGGCCCGGUUUCGUGAUAUCUUCGCAGAUUACUGUGAAAAGAUGAAAGAAGGUGGGGAGAAAGUGUCUGUGGCUGGAGGCUCUGAGGCAGGGCCCAAUGCCAAGUGAGGUUUAGCUAACCAUUAGAAUUUUUCAAAAAUGUCCAUCCAAAUGAAGGAAGAUGAAAUGGGGUACAUUGCAAGGGCCAGGACUGUUCGGACUAGUGGGGCUUGAAUGUGGGUGGGGUGAAACCACAAAAGAUGGGGAAUAUAAUUAAUUAAGGAUAAGGAUGAAGGUAUUGAUUCAUAUUUGUGAAGUUAAAUAUUACUGCAAAGAUGAUAACUGAUUUUAAUUAAUCUGUUAUUAUGUAUGAUGUGGAGACCAGAUCAUUAAUUAUAAAUGAUAAUGAAAGGAUUCCUGGAACUGUUGUGUGGGGUAACUAGUUAACGAAUGUUUAGAAAAUGCUGCAGAGGUAUUUUUCAAGGUAAUGCAAAAGCAAAUUUAAGACAGAUUUUAGUGAGCAAUUAGGAAAAUGAUUGAGAAGUAGUUCUGUAACUACAUUUUACAUCAAUUGUAAAAUAUGUGUGAUUAAUUUAAAGUGGUCAGCUGAGAUGGCAAGACGUGGCUCUGAAAGACCACAUUGGGUAUGAUUGAAUUUUUGAUUUGCUUGAGCAGUUUCUUCAGUAAGAACUUGAUUUUUGUGAAACUGAAGGGGAAGACAAAUUUCCCUGUUGUUGGUACAAUUCUCAAUUAUCAUCAACUUGGGAGAGGGAUCAUAGAGAUUUGCGAUGCAUAUAUGUGGGAAAAAAAUUACAGAGAGUACCUACUGCAAAUGGUGAGCCAUUAAAAGAACCUCUCAUUAAAAAAAAGGCUUGUAAAAUUUAUCUUAUUAGUGAUUGCUGACCGAUUUGGUUGUUAUGUCUCUUCCUGUUACAAGGUUGAAACAGCCUUGUGCGUGCCCGAGGAACACGGACAUGAUGGUGGUCAAGUAGUGUAGGUUAAAACAAUCUCACCACUUGACUGCCAAGUCAUGAUAUAGUUAUGGUCUCUGAAAGUUUAAAUAUCUUGAAGAUGCUCAUUCAGAAGCUGAAUGUGAGCAUACAGGAAUUUGUUAUUUGAUUGAAUACUACCCAUCCUGUAAGGCAUCACAAAGUCAUGUUUUACAGAUUAGGUUGAGGUUGUUGCAAGAUAUGUUUGUGAAUAUAAUUUUGAGAUAGUUUGGGUAAAGUUAAUUCAUUGUUAAUUUUAUUUAGAGAUUUCAUUUGGGAAAUAUAAUGAGAGUUCCCACCAUAUGUUUGUAUAUUGUUAAGAAGAUUAAAAAGUUUUCAGACUACUAUAACUUUGGGACUAAUUUUCUUUUUCAAAUAUUGAAACCUAUAAAACCAUUACAGGUUUUAUUUCAUUUUAUGGAAAGUUGUUUAGUGUUGUCAUGUGCCAGGAGGGAGAUGAUAUACAUAACUGCCAAAAACAAGAUGUAGUCAAAUAGUUAACUUGAAUAGCAAGUUUUGAGAAAACACUGUCAUGCAUUGAACUGUGUUUUCUAAAAUUGUUGCAAGCUUGGAGAUAGAAUUUCAUCUCAUAUUUUAAAUCAGUAAUGGUGCUGUGCCAAAUCUUUUUGUUUUGUUUUAAAUUGGUUGAAAUUUUUGCCAAAUCAAAUUUUGAAUUGGCUACCAUUCCUUGGAAGUUGACCAAAGCAAGCCAGACACUUGGCUACUGUACUGGUAUUUGUGCACAUGAGCCUGCCACAGCUGCUCCCUCCUGGAGCCAGGUGCUCACAUGGAGUUUUAUAUUAAUUUUGUCCAGAACAUUGGUAGCUCUGUGAUGUAACAAAGGUGCAUAGUUAUUUUCUUAAAGUUCAGUAAAAUGCCCUGCUAACUGCUCUUUGAGAAAACUUGUAUAGUACUAGUCAUCAGGGAAUGUCUUUUUCAUGGCCUAACAGCUCACAUGCUGUUGCAGGUUUUAGAACUUGAUCCUUUUUUAGUUUGUUAGUUAUGGUAUUCAAAUGCUCAUUGGUGUUUCGUUAUUUUUAUUGAAUUUAUCCCAGAUCUGGAACAUAUUUUUGAGUGAAAGCCAAUUACUAUGUUAAAAAUGUGCAGAUGAAUACCAUAAACUAAAAUGGAAAACUGGGUAAUCUUCCCAUGGUUCAGAAAAAUCGGUGCAGGGUAAAAAGAAUGCCUAGGUAGACCUGUUUGUUUCUUGUUAGUGCUAACUGGUGGUAGUUGUGUUCAAUUUAAGGAAGGUCAUGUGUACUAUUUCAGAUCUAGUUUAAUGAUCAGUAAGCUGUUGGAGUUAUAUGUAUUGAUUGAGUACUGCUAUCUUUAGAAUAUUUGUUUUCUGAAAUGUGGGAAGAUCCUGUAAGUUUAUUUGCAGAAUUUUAUGUAUAUUAUAAAGCUUAUUGGUUAAUUUUUCUUUUGUGGAAAAGAACAAUGCAGUUUUGUGAAUAAUUUAUUGGAUUAUAAAAUACCAUGAGUUGUCAUCUGGACAAAUAUAGUAGUAUGAACAUGUUUAUUAUGCUGUGGAUCUCUGCAUUUGUUUAAGUGCUCCACAAGCUGAGGCCUGGAAGGCAGAAGUAAUAUCUUUCAUUGCUUCCUUUGUUUCUCAAUCUUUUAUUACUUACACUCUAUUUUGUGUCUUCUUUUCUUACCUACUCUCUGAAUCCUUUUUUGGUUCAAAUUAUUUUCCUUUGAAUUGUAUAUUGUCUUUCCAAUUUUUUAAAUUUGAAAAUAACGUGUUCUGUUGAAGUAAACCACACAAUUAGUCACUGUCAACAGAAUACUCAGUUAACCUGUGUAACCCAUGGUAUUUUCUUUGAAUUAAUUUAUCAACUGAAAUUGAAAAAAAUGUUUGUGGUGUAAAUUAACUAUUGAACCUGCACUAACCAGGCUGUUCAAAUGUGAGCUGUACCAUUCCUACCACUACAUGGCACUUGAUACUGGGAAAUGUACAGGGAAUCUGCUAUGAUGCUGUAAUGGUAUGUGACAAUGGACAUCGUUGCAGGAAUUUAUACCUGAUGAAUAAAUUAAGUAGGCACUGGGGUUGAGAAAUUGUCAGAGCCAAGAAAGCCAAGAAAUUAUGUGCUCUGGUUAACUUCAGACAUUUACAACAGUGGAAGAAAAAUGCUGAGCUGAGAAUGUGAUAGCUCUUGUUCCUGACAUACAAUUAUGAUUCUCAUGCUCUUGGGUUAUAAAAUUUCAUGAAAAUUCUAAUAUCUUUCCAAAAUUUGUUUUGUAGAAUGUUAGGUACUCCACUCUAUUUCUUUCCUACAUAACUGGCAGAACUUGACUGCCUUAUGGGAAUGCAAGUCAAUGUUUGUAAGGGAGUAGUAUUCCAGUUUGCCCAUUUCCUCCAAAUUUAACAAUUUCAAAUAAAGCACUUCAUAAUUUAAUGCAAAGGGUAUAACUCUUGUGGGUUACAGUAGGUACGGUGAUGGAAUUAGAAAUGUGUGAAUGAAGAAAGGUCUGAGAAGAAUUGGCAAAAGUGUGAUUGUUUGCAGAUACGUACACAGCAUUUCUGUUUGUUUUUUUAAAUUUUUUUUAUGAGGUCCCUUACAUAUGGUAGAAAUAGUAGGAAUUUGGGCGCUUGUGAAAAUGCUGCAGUGAACACUUCAGUGACUAUACCAAUGAACUGGGAAAAUGCCAGCAUCUGGACUAUUUACAAGAUCUGUAUGUAGUGCAAAUUGACUGCUUGUCAUGAAUUUUGAAACAAUAUGAAACGAGCAAGAAACACACUUCAUUUCAAAUUUAUACCAUAUUUGCUCGUGUUAAAUGUAAAUCCUCUGGUAGUUUUUUCCUGUUAGCAGUCUUGCUGGAAUUGAAGCUAGUAAUGAGAGUUCACCAAAGCAAUCUUUCCCCUUAAUGGUUUUUACCAGUUGGUUUAGGGAAACUAACUUGUUUGAUACCAUUACUCACUCAAAAUUGUCUUGAAAUUGUAGUAGAGAUUUUGUAUGUGAAAUAUGGCCGUAUAUAAAAUAUUUGUUUUUCAAAAUUAAAAGAAAAAUUAUAAUGUCGUUUUUGUUGAGUUAUAAAAUUUUAGGGAAACUACACCUAGACUUGUUCUUCCAGAGCAGACCAAGGGAGUUCGUUUCAAAUGUAAUUUGGUAAGAAUUCUUAUUUGUGAUUGUAAUGCUAAGAAUGAAAUGUGUGAAUUUAAUGAAGGAAUAGUGUGGAAAGUGUAAGGAUAAUAUUGAAAUACGAAGAACCUUCAUGAAAUGGUAGGAAAAUUUCAGAGUAAUGUACAUACUUAUAUUUUCUUGUUCUUAUAAUGUUAGCAUAUUCUAAAUAGAAUUUUGCCGUUUACUUGUUAGCCUUAUGACUGGGAGAAAGGAUACCAAAAAGUCGAGUCUUUUUGUUAUAUAAGUUUAUUUUCUUCCUUGUUUUCCAGAAUUUCGUUUCAUUUGAUUUGAUUUUAGACUACUUCCUACAUGAGCAAAUAUGGUAGUAGUGGAUAGGUGUAUCAUAUGUUAUUGGGUUUACUCCAGUGAUACUUAUACUGCCAGCUGUGUGCUUGCAAUACAUGCAUCAGUCUAGUAUUUUACCCCACUGAGUAUAUUACUGCGCAUCUUGCUGACCUGUUUUCAGUAAUUUGCUUUUGGCACAUCUUACAGCAGAGGUGGUUUUCUUUGGGGUAUAGAUGUGCCUUGCCAGUGUUGGGUGAUGGUUCAGUAUAGGAAAUGAUGUGUAUUUUCUAUCCUGAAGCCUAAGACUUCUGUCUUCUGUGUCUCAGCACAUCUAAUUUCCAUUUUGUUUGAGGGAGGCUUGCAACAGGACAGGACCUCCUCUGCAAUGUGUCUUGGCCUUCUCAGCUGUGUAGUGAAUGUAAAAGAGCUCUGUCCAUCAACCAUUCUGGGGCUUGUGCCCUUGAGUGAGGUACCUUCCUGCUUUUGCAGAUGCUUAGAGCUGGGGAGGAAAGAGAUGUGCACCAUGCAAGUGGCAUUGCUGUGAUGCUAGCUUCCUCAUGUUAUGUACAGCUGGUUCUGCAAUCAGGAAGCACUGGUGUGAUGAUCAUUAAAUAAAUUGAGGUGUUUAUGACAGGAUCAGUGUUGUGUAGUGAUAUAUUUAGUUGGAACUUGCUGUUAGAUGGUUCAUAGUUAUCACCACCACUACCACAGCUGUAUGUUCGCAUGUCUGGUGUGAGUGGGGUACGCACAAAUUAAUGUAUUAAAAUAUGUUGUGUGUCAGUUGGUAAUUGCAUCUGACACUUUGAGUUAUAAAUAUAUAUAUAUAUAUUGAAUGUUAUUAAAUUCUGUAUGUUUUGUAUGUUGAAGAUUUUAUUUUUGAAAUAUACAUGUGAUAUAAUAUUUAUUAUAUUAUAUGUGAACCAAUUGUAAAAAGAUGUUGAAAGUAGUGUGAUAUAGAUUGGAUGUCAUUCACAGAGAUCCCGAAAGCUUUCAUUCCCUUAAAGUGGACCGAGAGACCCAGACCCUCCAGUGAAAUCAUGUGUUCUUGGGUUAAGCUCGAAUUGCAACGGCAUUUUUAUUAUCCAUAAUUUUGUGGAGUUGGGAGUAGCUGGCAAUAAUCCUCAAGUGUGCAAUUUACCACUGCCUUGAUUGUAGAAACACUUGUUCCUCAUUUAAUCAUGUUUGACUUGUGUGAGAUGAGACUAUGCAGAAGGAAAGAAAGUUAAUUGCAUGUGUGAUGUAAGGUUGUUGAAAAUGACAAGAUUGGGCAUUUAUGACUAGUUUCUAGGUUGGGGCUCUCACGUUGGAAGCUCUGCAGAAUUUUGAGUGAUAUUAUUGUUAAACCUCUGGCAUUAUUGCUGCUGUUGUAAGCCUCUUGUGCAUACUCCAAACUCUGAAUCAGCAUGUGGCAUAAAUUUCUCCCUGGAGUUUUCCACAGGUAAUAAUACCUACACACUGAACUGGGAUGCACGUUCCAGUUGGGCUGCAUUUUAAGAAAACUUAUGAGUUAAUAAGUGAUCAUUCUUGUUCUAUUUAUUUUUAUGUUUUACCUUAAAGAAAGCUUUUUUUAAAGGUUAGGUCACAAUGUUAAAUUUCUCAAGAUGAAAUGAUGAAAAGAGUGGUUUCAUUAUUUUCUAUGAAUCACUUUUUUUUGCGAUGGAGAAAAAAUCAGUGGAAUUAGUUUUUUAUUUAUUAACGUAUUUUAUACAAUGUACUUCUUUCAUUGUAAGAAUUAAAUUACCUUUCUAUUUUUAGAACAAGAAUAUGCAUUUUUGAGGAAUUUUUACUGGUCCUCAUGUUUUUUAACUGCACCCUUAAUUUGUUAAUAACUGAGAAGUGAUUGGACAGUUCAUUUCAUUUGCUGUUAUUAGAUUGCAUGAGGACUUGUAAAAUUUGCUGAUAUUGUUACUUUCAAAAUAUUUUUCCUUCAAUAUAAAAAGACCAUUUACUUUUUAUUUGCGGAGGGCAGUGUGUGAGGAUGCUUAUUUGGGGACAUUACCGUAUGUUCCGGUGAUGCAAGUGGUGCUGGUAGUGGUGAUGGUGGUGGUAACUCUGAUGGUAGCAUUGACUGGUGGUGAUGAUAAAGAUUUUUGCCUUAGCUUACCUGGAAGAUGAAAUUAUACCAAAUAAAAGAGUUACGUCUACAUUUUAUUUAAAGCAGUGUUUCUCAUUUAACACCCCAUAAACAAUUUUUUAAUCAUGAAAGUGCUGGUUAUAUUUUUCUUUCUGAAAAUGUUCAUGAGCAUCUUUUUUGCUGGAGAUGAAGCUGCAUGGAAGAAGCAGGUGGAUACACUUGAGUUUUCUGCUGCAGAGUACAAUGUAUGUGACAGUCACUGACAUGAACUACACGUGAUGACCAAAAUGGACCAAGUGAAUUUAAACAAUCAUCUUGAAUAUCACUGCCACUUUGUAUUGUGUUGUGUUGAACUUGCAUAUUAAGCACCAAAUGAGAAAAUAUAGUCAUAUGUUAGCUUGAUUAUUAGUUACAUAAUACAUACUGUGCAGUAUGAAUUGUUGAGAUGUUCAACAUAGAAUAAGAGUGGAAAUCGUGGCAUCCUACUUCAUUUCUCUGCAUUAAAAGGUAUAAAUGGUUUGCGUCUGCUUUGUGAAUGAAAAUUACAAUGUUGGGGGCGAUUCCCCUGGUUUUCAUGAUGUUAAUGUUGCCAAAGUUGUAAAUCAUUUGUGUAUAAGAAAAUAGAAAACAAACAAGUUCCAAAUUUUGUCAUAAUUUAGAAUUAAAUAUCAGUAGGUAUAUUGUGCACACCAUUUUGCAAUUUUUAAUAGUUUUCUCAUUUUACAUGUCAGUGUAAAAAUUCUUCUGAUUGUUGCAAGAUCAGAUCAAUCAUCUAUUUUUUGCAUAAUUUGUUUUUUUUAGAUUUCAGUGAAUCAAUGUACAUAUAGAAGUUGGUGUCCAUUUGGCAGUACACCAAUGUCAUGAAAAAUGAUAUUUCCUUUUAAUUUUGUAUGUGCAGGUGUAACAUAAAAGGUUUAUACAUGUAGAUAAAUAAAGGGAUAAAUACUUAUUACAAAAUCUUUCAACUAUUCUGUUGAAAUAUCUUCAAUUUGAGCAUCUUUUAUUUAUGUGAUAAAUAGGUUGUGUGAGAAGAAAAUAACGCAACUCCAUUUUUUUUUGGAAGAAUUCUUGUAUUUUUAUUCUGUGUGGAAAUUAGAGCAGUUUCAUUACAAAACUUUAAUAUCAAGGGAACAAUCUACUGUACCUACUCAUUAAUUCUUCAGUUACCGAUUUUUAAAUGUUCAAAAUUUUAUUUUUAUUAAGAUUUCAUUAAAGAGGUAUGUGUAGGCCUUUUGGUUACACUUCAGUGAACCAUGUAAAACUUUUUUUUUUGGUCAUGUGAAACAAUUUCUGUACACUUAAUCUUUAUUAUGUAUUCUUCUCACUUUCCAUGUUAACGAUCCUUGUUUUCAUAAUUUCACGAGUUUAAAUCAAAAAUUGCAAUAUGGAGACAUUAUAUCCAGGAGCAUCCUAAUUUGGGGAGAAAUGAGUGCUAACUACAGCACACGUUUUCAUGGUAUCGUCUCAUCUGCUGGUGUUUCGUUGCAUUAGUUGGUAGACUAGAGUUGGUUAUUGAACUGUGAAUGGAAUAUAUUGCUGUUAGUGUUCAAUAAAUAUAUCACCACACUGUGAUGUUUAUAUUAAAGUUUUCAAAAAGUUGAUAUGAUGUUCAAAUUGUUGCAUGAUUGACUUAUAAAAAAGUAUAUUUAUAUAAAGUAUCUAAAUUUUCAUUUAAUAUUUUCAUGUAAAACUUUUAAGUCGUGUAACAUUGAUUUUGAUUCAAUGUAUAAUUGUUUUGCAUAGAAAUGAACUUUUCAAUUUCCAAUUACUUAUUUUGAAGUAACUUCAAAAUUAAUUUAAGAUUUAUCCCGCCUACCUUUCUAUCAUUUGGUCAUGAAGCACCAGAAUACUAUUUCUGAAAUGAUCUAUGGGUAUGAGCCUAUCAAUGUUUAUUCAUACUGCAGACACCAAACUGCCACAAAAUAAUAAAUUUAUUUACUGCUCCUAUUGGUCUUUCAAGACAUAAAAUCAUGAACUGACGAGUUUCCAAAAGAAACAAUUUCUGAUCACGCAUUUUAAUUCCAAAAAUAAUAAAAUUAUAAAAAAAUAACACAAAAAAUCAAGGGACUGUCUAGAUGCACCCGGAGUGUAAGCUUACUCACACAUCAUGUGUGAACUUCACUGCCUGAAGCGCAUGUACAUUCAUGGACAUCAAACAAUUUGUAGAACAUCUCCUAAAUCAUAUUUGAAAUAAACUUUUGAACAUCAAUACUUAAUUGUACCAGUGCUUCAUUGUACCCUUCCAUCCAUUCUGCAUGAAAAUGUCCCUAAAUUGUUGGAAAAUAUUUUGUUUUUUCGAGCAUCAGCCUACUGUUUCUUUUGCACACUCAUUCAGUUUAGUUAGUGAAAGUAAACAGAAGGGCGUUGCAUUUUAUAAAAUACAAGAAAACUACAGAAAAUUAUCCUUUUGUACAUUUUAAAUAUCUGUCUUCAGAGUAUGACUACUUAUCAAUUAAUCAAAUGCAAUACAUUUUUCUUAGUGAUACAGUUUUAUGCCUGGGAAUCCAUUUGAAGUAGUUAUAACUUGAGCUAAUUUUUUUAACUCAUAUUUGUUUAGUGUCAAAGUGAAUUAUUUCGGCUCUGGGCUACAAAGGCUGGUACCUCAAUGAUAAAUCAGGAGAAUUGCUCUCCAUGCACUUAUUACAUACAUUUUAUGCCAAAUUUAAUUGAUCAAAUGGUUUAAGGGGUAAGAAUGUUGCUGAGUAAAAGUUGAAUAUUCAUAAAAACUUUAAUACAUUGUGUUGCCUGUUCAUUCAAUAUAUACAUUUAGGAAGUUAAAUUAUUGUGAACACCUGUGGAGUUUUAUUGCCAGGAGUUAGAGAUAAAAAAUAGGACCACCUUUUUCCUUGUUCACUAAAUAGUAUCCCGUAACAAAAAAUGUUAGCUCUUACUAUUUUCUUUUGUUCAGUAGCAUUGCUUUGAACUGGAAGGAACUUGAUGUCAGCAAAUUGAAUAAAAACAAAAUUGUUGCCUGACAUGUGUCGGAGCAUUCUAGAAUAAAUCAUACGAAAUAAUUCCACAUAAAAAUUAAAUACUUAAAUUCAGGUGAACAGAUAUCAAAACAGUUUUGUGAGAUCAGUGUUGUAAUCAUUAACUUAAUAUUUUGUUUCAUAUUUGGAAAUAAUUGUUCAGGAUAUUGUCACCUUUGCAAUGAUUUGAAUUAAAAUGUUAGUACUUUUUACUUCAGAUUUAAUAAAAUUAAUAUUCAUGAAAUGAUGUAUGCUAAAUGCUCACUAGUUUACUAGAACGUAAAAAAUACAAUGGAAGUUCCAUUAUAUAAAAUGUUCUCAACAUUAUAUUGUUGAAUAAGUCACUGAUGAAUUAAUUUUUAAAAACUUAUGCUAUGGCUUGUUUAUGGUGAUCUUUUGGGAUUCCUAAAAUAGGAACAUUUUUAAAAAAGAAAAUAUUUUGUACAUAUAACAACUUUUUAAAAUUUAUUGCACUUCUGCAGACAACUCUUGUUUCAAUUAGAAAAUAAUUAGUACUUUAAUUUUUCAUAAAUAUAAUUUAAAUGCCCGUUAAGAAUGAAUCCUGAGAGAGAGAAAGUGCAAAAAUUAGCGCUGCUAUAUGUGAAUGUGACAUCGUGAAUGCUACUGUACUGGGUGGCUCUGGUCAGUUCAUCAGUGAAUCUCCAAAUUAAGUAGAUUCUGAAAUGUUUCUAUUUAUUAAAUAUAAUUUAUAAGAAUAAGAUUAUAAUUUCAUUGCAAUGUGUAAAUCAUUAUUUCACAUUUUCCAUAUGAAAAUAAAAUGAAUACUAUUGCCUGGUCACAAGAAUACAAAAAAUAAUGCCAAAGCUGUGGGGAAAGCAGCGUGUGUCAAUAUUGAGCCAUAAAAAAAAUUCACAGGUGUUUAAAUUGAAAUUGAUGAAGUCUUUGCCUAACAAAAGUGGUGCAAGUCUGAGUAGUUGUAAACACCUUGUAACUUUGAAUAUUUCUUUUUCAUGAGCUUUAGUCCAGAGAAAAGGGGUAUCAUUUAUGAUCUACCAAUUUUCUCUGGGUGUAAUGUUUCACCUGCAAAAAGGAGUUUGCUUUCUUUACACAUCUGGAGUUAAUAGACUAACUUUACACCUGUAAUUUCACAGGAUAUGCAAUACACACUUCGUACACUUAAAUGUUCGUUACUAACAUCUUUAUCUCCAGAAAAUAUCAUUGGCCUUUGUCAAGCUGUUAAUUCACAAAAAAAUAAUUAUACACGAGAGCCACAUCUCUUUCCAACUUGUGAUUAGUUUAUAUAAUCUAAUGUGAAUAACAGACAACUCUUGUCAGGGUUUAUAUUUUAUAAAAUGUCACAAUUAUAAAUAUACUUUUACUCCUUACUUAGCAGCCACAAGGAAUUCCACUUACCUGAUUACAUAUACAUGUAUACAAUAAUUAGAGAAUUCAAUAGUGCUCUUGUUUUCAGCAAAAAGUGUUGUUUUGUUUUCACCAUGCUCUAAGUUACAACACUAAUACAGAGCUUCUUAACCAUCAUUAUUUACUACAUUGAUCAUUUGGUGAGGAAGUUUCAAACACACAAUACUCCCAUCACCUCCCCACAUACCCAGAGAUCUGCAUGUGGUUUAGUAGCUAGUAAGUAUUAUGUUGGUCAAGGUUAUUUCUACUUUCCCUGCUAUUCAAAUGCUAACCAUCCCUCACCAACAAUUUCCACUGAACUUAUACCUGGAAGGGAUAGUUUCAUUUUGUUCAUGGUCAGGCCAAGAUACUCCAGCCUGCGACUAUAACAGAUCCACGAGUUCUGAAGUUUCGUCAUAACACAUUCAUUCCGUAGUUCUUCGGUUCUAAGAUUUUUUUAGUAUCGUUGUGCCUGUAAUGGAACAAAGAACCCAAUGAUGAAAACAAAUUUUUGUGAUCUAAAAGUUUUUGUUUUUUUCUGAAUCCUUGCAUGACUAGAGGAGUUUUUCUAUAGUAAAAGAACUUAUGAAAAUUUGCAUUUGUUGAAUGAAUCUGAUUACCAAUGAAUGUUUAGUAAAGCAUAUUACAUAACUUUCGUCCUCUCAAAUUUUCAACCUGACAUUUCUUACAUGAGCUCUAGUGGUAAACAUGAAAUUUUGGAUUUUCUUUUAGUUCAAUAUAAAAAAAUCAAUAAACAAGUAGGACCAAGUGUUGAAAAUGAUAUUUUUUAACCUGGGAGUGCUUGCUAUACAUCUGCAAGAUUCAAGCUACAGCAAUUUUAUGUUCCUGAAUUAUU